UUGUUUCUUGUCUGGCAACGGCGUGCAAAAUGGCGCUCUGAUGCGGUCAAGGUAGCAGCGCGAGAGCUGCGUCAGCAGGGAAAACUUCUCCGACAGCCCAAGUUCGAGGAAGGAAAAGAGUUCACAAUCGUCGGGCCAUGUUUAGCCGGUUGUACAACGCUGUGCGGCAGCACAAGAAGAAGAUAUGCUUCAGCGUCGGCCUAGUCGGAGGCGCCUACCUUCUAAACCGGUAUCUGCAGCGAAAAUUGCGCGACUGGGAAACGAAACAGACUCAGAGCUACAUCGAUCAAAUCAAACAUCAGCACCACUUCGAGAACAUCCUGCAGACGUCGGACAACACGAUCUUGACUCUCCUGGAGAAGAUCAGAGAGCCGUUACUCGCCUUACUCGAGACGGACAGCCUGCUCGAGAAGCUCAAGACGCGGCCUGCAAACAGGCUCGAGCUUUGGGAGGAAAUCAAGGUGCGCAUUCUCACCUUCGCGUUGGCGAGCGUGUACGCGGAAAGCCUGCUCGCCUCGCUCGUUCGCGUGCAGCUCGGCGUCGUCGGAGGCUACGUGUUCGUGAAUUCGCAGCGGGCGCAACAAAACUCGGGAGGCGUGCUGCCGGCGCUCACCAACCAAGACAUUCACCAGCGCUACCUGGCUCAGGUGCAGCACUUUUUUGAGAACGGUUUGCACGAGCUUGUGCGUGUCGUCAGAGACGCCGUGGUCGCCGCCUUCGGCCACAUAGGCCUCAAGGAGCGCGUCGGUCCCGCCGACUUCGCCGUGGGUUUCGAUUUCGUCAAGAAGCAUGUCUCACGCGACUCCAAGAAGCCGCUCCCGGGCUUCCUUCGCCUGCUCCUGCCUCCUCUCGAGGUCGAAGGCGAUACGGACGAUGUGAGGGUGCUGAACGUGAUGAUCCUCGAGACGCGAGACGUACUCGAGACGGACGACUUCUCCAAGGUUCUGGGAAUGUGCAUAGACCGGGGUAUCACGAGCCUCACGAACGACGUCGAGGCGUGUUACCAGAACAUGCUAGCCGCGGAACGAGAAAACGGCAGUGGAGAACGAACUGCCGCUUCAUCGUUGGCGGUGUCGACGGGAUUUCCCAUGGCAAAACUUUUGCCCGUGCUUAGGAACAGCCUCGUUUCCGGCAGACAAGAUGGCUUCCUCAGAACCGUGCUCCAGGAAGAGCUACUUCGCAGCAUGAUCGCCAACGUUUACGAAGCCUUCUGCCAGACAGAGGAUGCCGACAGGAUUAACCACAACCUAGCACCGUUGUCAUCGUGAUCGUGAGAAACUGCAAGCUGAAGAUGACUGACAGUGUAGUGAUGGACAAGUGUCAUCGUUCGCGAUUAUACUGAGUUCGUUAUGCAGUCCGGUUGAUCCAACAAACGACAUACCAAACACCUCUGACGGUUGGUCACUUAUAGUCUGACGUCAUGCCAUUCCAAGAACACUUGUGCGAGAGUUUAGGUGCGACUGUCACUACGGCGUGCUUGUCAGCUUUCACAAACUUCACCUUGUUUGAAACGUUUGAAGAUACCAAAACCUACUGAGAUCGGCAACCUUGAGACAUGAUCUAUUCUUUGUAUGUAUUCAUGAACCUUGGUGGAAUCGCACUGAAUGUAAGUGUGAGAAGACUCAGAAAUGACCAGUUUCGAAAACUCACUAACAUGCUCUAUCUUGGAUGCACUUCGUCCUGUCAUUUCACCUUGGCAGCUCCAUGUAGUAAGGAAAUCUCACUGGCUACAGUUUGUAGCUGCUGUUGUCAUGCAUUGUACAAUACAAAAUUGAGGUCUAUAAUGUCUCCCCUUACAUAUCGUGGUUUUUUUACUGUGCGUUUCUGCAGCAGCGUGUGUUCUAAGUUUCUUUGUUAAUGUGAAUGUAGUUGAUGAUGUCAUUGCAGGAACAAAUCUCGGUAUUACCGAGUUUUGUGGUUGUAUGCAUUGUUUGGAUCGAAGCUUGUGAUAAAAAAAAUAUCUCCAUAAGUGUAACCUGUGCUUGUCCAACUUGCAUGAUCAAUACGUGGCUAUAGUCAGGUACAACUUAAGAACGCGGGAGAGGUCCCACCCAGACGAUUGAUGCACCGCAGACAACUGCUUCCGUGACUAAAAGUAGUAGUCUUGCUCACGUUCUUGACCACUUACUCCGUCGGUAAGACCACAGGCCGUCCGGCUCAUGACGUCGGUCUGGAGUGUGUGUCCACUGGUGCAGGCUUGUGCACAGCAGUCAUUUUUAUGAAAGGGAACAAGUGAGCGCUUGGCAAAUAGCCUCGUAACAGACACGUGGUGCGGCACGGCGGCGAAAUGUAAAAAUAAAAGGAGAGUGGUGCCAUUCCAUCUGUUGCCUGCACCCUUUCUUGAAGUUUUCCUUCUUUUUUUAUCACUUUAUGUUGUUGUGGCAGACGAAGCUGUGAUAGCAACAAUCAUUAUCGAAAGCAAUCAUUGUUCACUGAAAUGUUCCAACAGAAGAUAGCUACCACCAAGAAGAAAGCAUAAAAUAAAGACACAUUCGUGACGGGAGUGUAGGCACUAUAAGGGAUGACACCACUGUCUCCUUCUGUUUUAAUAUUUUGAUACUGCACCGUGCCACAUGAGCGGUACGAGGCUAUCUACUGUGUGCUCCCGUGUUCCCUUUCAUUUCAUAAAAGCGACUGCAUUCUAAAGUUGCACCUGGCUAUAGUUAAUGUACUCAUACGAACCAGGCAGGACAUACUAAUAUCCUGGGGCCACUUGUGUUUGCAAAUGCACGCAUUACAUUCUCAAUGCAGCUGUGCCUCUUUUCUGUUGAUUAAAUAAUCGUUUCAGAAAAGGAGUGGGAGUGGGAUGAAGCAGUGUUUCUAGCUGGAGUGCUCAGACGAACAUUGUGGUGCUUGCAUUUAUUGGUGGAGGGAGGGCUCAUGUUUUAUGCAUUAACACUUGUAUAGCUCAUAACUUUGGGGCACUUUGUCAUGUGAGUGGCAAACAUUAAGUGGUGGAAUUUAUAAUUCUAAUUUAAGUAUUGUUUAUGAGGGGAGGCAUGUGUGAAACGUAUGUAACAUGUUUUUUUGCCAUGUCGCAAGCUCCGUAUAAAUUGGUAAACUUUUAUGGUGGGCUCCGUUUCUGGUAGGACAGAGAAUAAAAAGUUCAUGACUGAGAAGAACGUCAUGUGAAUGGCUACUGUUGCCAAGUUCGUGAACUCGAAACCUGUGAAGUCUAGCUAGUUGUCAGCGCUGCAAUCAAGGGCAUAACAGCCUUUGCUGACAGGCGGUCGCAUUUGCAUGUUUUCAAUUAGCUCAAUUUGCAGAUGUGUUCCAUGUGAGCAUUAAAACAAUUUAUUAAAUUAUUGCUUGCUGUAAUAUUGUCCAUCCAAGCUUGCAAAGCCAUGUCUAUCACUUGGCCCAGCAAUAAGAGUGUGCAUGGCUAGAACCUUUUCCUGUACGUUUGUUUCCAAAA